AUGAUCACGGAAGAGAACUACUGUAUCAGCGAGAUCUCUCGCUUUCUCAUCCUCUUAGGAGGUCUAUGCGCUAGUGUGUGCAUUUCCACCAUGUACGGCUUCAACAUUCUCAGCAACAAGAUGAUGGAGCUGUUCAACUUAAGCAGCUCUGACCUGACAACCAUCACCACCGUAGGCACUGUGGUUGGCUUUGCAACCUUCCCCUGUGGUGUGUGGCUCGACUACGCUGGUCCUGUUCCCAUCCUUAUCUUCGCCACAACGCUCACUACACUGGGUGUCCUCCUCUACGCCCUUGCCUUCAACGGCAACAUCAAGGGUAGCGUUACCACGCUCGCCGUCUUCUGCGCCAUCAUGAACCUUGGCUGCUCCUCCUUCGAUACAGGCUCACUGAUGGCCGUGCUUGGCAGCUUUCCGCUGACGAAGGGCCCCGUUGUGGCCAUCAUGAAGACCUUUACUGGUCUCGGUGCUUCCAUCCUGGCCCUCAUCAACUACAGCUUCUUCCGAAAUAGCGAUGCACACUACAUGUUCUUCAUGGCGGGCCUCAUCGUCUUUAUGGGCAUUGUUGCGAUCGUCUUCAUUCGCUUCCCUCCCUACCACAUUCUUGAUGGCGAGAAAACCCGCGUGCCGCAGCAGGUGCAGGCGCGCCGCCGCCUGACGGAACGGGCUUACCUGACGCAGUACCCGCCGAUGACUCGGUUCUACCUCGGCUUUGGUAUUAUUGUUUCGCUUGUCGUGUACCUGACGGCGCAGUCGUUCUCUGUAGCCUACGCGAACCCGAGCGACUCGGCGCGCAUGGGUAACACAGUUGCAAUCAUAGUGCUUGUGCUCUCCCUGGGACUCAUGGCGGCCCCAUUUCCGUUUCUAGGCGGGAUGGACAAGGAGGCGAGCAAGGAGUACCCCAAUUACCCGCAGGACGCGGGGAUAGGCUUCGAGAACGAGAGUGAUAAGCGUUUGCUGAAGCCUGCGGCUGACAACACAACUCAAGCUGAGAACACGCCGGCAAAUGUGUAUGAGUCACAGAAGCCCUGCGACGAGCGCGCGGAUGCCAGUCGCCCAGAGGCCUGCUGGAGGACCGCAUCCCAAGUUAUCGUGGUCGCAGAGAAAGUGGUAGUGGAAAAAAAGCUUCCCCGGAACAACUACUACGAUCAAGAUCCAAAGUACCAUACGACCUUCUGGCAGAGCCUCAAGCAACCCGAUAUCUGGCUGUGCUGUUGGAAUGCACUGGCGACCUGGGGCUGCGGCAUGGUCGUGGCUUUCAACUCUGCACAGAUCUACCGCGCCUUGGCAAACGACGUCUACGAGUCCAAGGUGAAUACCAUGUACUCUGCCAUCAUCAGCGUGGCGAGUGCGCUGGGCCGCCUGACCAUGGGUGUGCUAGAGUUUAUCCUGAGCCACCAGCCGUCCGAGAUGCGGCCGGUCAUCACCAUCGCUUAUCCCGUGUCUUCCAUCUGCAUGGUGAUCGGCCUCAUCUUCUUGCUCGCCCUUCCACUGGAGUCAAAGGCCAUUGUCAUUGGCUUCUUCUUUAGCUCCUUCGGCAACGGCUUCAGCUGGGCCUGCACGGCUCUGACAGUGCAUUCUGUCUUCGCCAAGGACAUAGGCAAGCACUACAACUUCAUGUACGUCGGUGCCUUCAUUGCAGUCAUUGCGCUGAAUCGCUUUGGCUACGGUGAGAACUACGAUCGCCAGGCAAAGUUGAACCGUGAUGCCGACUUGGCUGCUGGCAGGACGCCCAUCUAUCCACGCUGCGCCGGGAAGAAGUGCGUGGCCAACAGCAUGGUCAUUCUACUGUGCGUCAACGCGACGGCAAUUGUGGGCAGCACGUGGUUCCACCUGCGCUACCGCAGGUUCGUCCUCAAGCGCCGCGUUGAGUGUACUGUGGAACUGGAGAAUUGCCGCCUUGAUGUGCAGCAGGCAGAGAAUGUGCAGCCGGGGUUGAACUCGGUGAAUAUGUGUAGCGAAACACAUUAG